AGCGGCAGCGCUACGUCACCAAGGACGGCAAGUGCCGGGUCAACCUGGGCCACAUCCAGGACAAGAGCCGCUUCCUCUCCGACAUCUUCACCACCCUGGUGGACCUCAAGUACCGGUGGUUCCUGUUCGUUUUCACCAUGUGCUACAUCGUGACGUGGGUGGCCUUCGCCGAGAUCUACUUCCUGGACGCCUGGCUGCGGGACGACGUGGCCCACGUCCACGAUCCGGAGUGGCGGCCCUGCUUCGAGAACGUGGACGGCUUCCUGGCCGCCCUCCUCCUCUCCGUGGAGAGCCAGAGGACCAUCGGCUACGGUUCCCGGAUGGUGACGGCCAACUGCAUGGAGGGGGUGGUCCUGAUCAUGGCGCAGUCCAUCGUCGGCUCCAUCAUCGACGCGCUCAUGGUCGGCUGCAUGUUUGUGAAGAUCUCCCGGCCCCAGAAGAGGGCGCAGACCCUAAUUUUCAGCAAGCACUGCGUGAUCUCAGAGCGGGACGAGCAGCUGUGCCUGCUCUUCCGUAUCGGAGACCUGCGGGAGAGCCACAUGGUGGACGCCAAGAUCCGGGCCAAGCUCAUAAAGUCCAGGCAGACCAAGGAAGGGGAGUUCAUCCCGCUGGAGCAGUCGGAGAUAAACUUGGGGUACGACACGGGUGGAGAUAGGCUCUUCCUGGUGGAGCCCCAGACCAUCACCCACAUCAUCAAUGAGAGCAGCCCCUUCUGGGAUAUCGGGGCGAUGGCCCUGAAGAGGGAGAGGUUCGAGAUCAUCGUCAUCCUGGAGGGAAUAGUUGAGGCAUCAGGAAUGACAUGCCAGGCCAGGACCUCGUACACGGAGGACGAGAUCCUGUGGGGACACCGCUUCGAGUCCUGCAUGUCCCUGGAAAAGGGAGCUUUUCGGGUGGACUACAGUGCGUUUGACAAGACCUUUGAAGUCCAGACCUCGGCCCUCAGUGCGAAAGAAAAGAGUGAAGGAAAGGUUCAAGAGCUUUUUUAGCUGGCACCUGUACCUAUUGGAUGUAACCCUUUCCUCCUGCCACCUGGUGCCAGUGAUGUGAGAGAGCACCAAAUUGUUGAGAGCAAUGACAUUAAGUGAUUUUAGAGACUAUAUUCAUUUCUAGGCUUGCUAGGUCUGCUUUCAAAAAUGGAUUAAUUGAUUGUGUUAACUGUGGCGGACAAUUGUACAGGGCUACACACAAUUUUGCUGUAGCAAUGCCCAGAGAUCAUUUUUAUCAUUUUUACAGGAUUCCCCUGUGGCAUUGUCUGCCUGUGUGAACUUAUCCAGUUAUCCAGUCACAGAGGGUUGGGUUUAGGCAGGCAUGGAGUCACAUCUGGAUAUCUGGGAGAAAACAAGGAGGGAAGUUAAAGAAAUUCAUUAAUUUCCCGGAAAUACAUUUUGAAGUGUAGAUAUUCAGGAGCUUCUCUCAUGUACACCUCACCCAUUUUUUUUAUUCUGCAUCCAGCCAGCAGUCAAAAGGAACUGUGUGAUUAGAGAGGAUCGGUGUUAAUUCCAUGACCUUGCCACCUGCUGUGAUGACAACCAAAACAGUUUUGCUUUAGCUCCCCCUGCUGGAAGAAUUUUGAGGAUUUCUACAUGGAUUGUGGGAGACUUAUUACAGAAACAUUCAGUUAUCUAUGUUGGUGAAGUCAGUUCAAUGUUUAAAAAGAGUGUAAUAAAGUGUAUGUAUUCAAAAUUAAAUAAAUAAAACAGUUA